CCCCGCCGCCAUGGAGCCCGUGGGCUCCUGGGGCCCCGCAGAGGUGGCCGCCUGGCUCCGAGGGCUGGAUGCAGAGGUGCAGGGGUACCCCUUCGAGGCCUGGGAGCUGGCGGGGCCUGACCUGCUGGGGCUGGAUGUGGAGGUCCUGGAGGCACUGGGAGUGUGGCCCCUGGGGCACCAGGAGCUGCUGCUGGAGGCCGUGGAGCAGCUCCGUGAGCUGGACGCAGGGCUGGCGAGCACCAGCCUGCGGACCCUGACAGAGAGGCUGCAGGAGCUGGCCCAGGGCAUCCAGAGCCUGGUUCUGGGGGGGCUGCCGGCAGAGGAUGCUCCCCAGCCACCCUCCCUCACCCUCCUGGCCCGAGUCAUCGACCUGGUCGGGGCUGCCAAGGGACUCUUCUCCUGGCUCAACAGGUACCUCUUCUCCACCCUCAACGACUUCUCGGCCAGCCAGGACAUCGUCCUGCUGUGUGCCCAGCUGGCAGAGACGCUGCAGGCGGAUUGUCCCGCAGCUGAGAGGGACAGGCAGAUCCUGCGGAUUUGCCAGCACAUCGUGGGCAUCUGCGAGAGCAUCGUGGGCUGCAGCCCCCCGGCGCUGCUGGACCGCAGGGCUGUGCUGGAGCAGGUGGGGCUGGCACUGCCCCCCGGUCCAAGGGGCAGCCCCCCGAGGUCCCCCAGCACCCCGACGCUGCCCCCAGGCCUGUGGCAGAGCCCCCCAACGUCCCCUGACUCGCCAACGCUGCCCCUCAGCCCAUGGGGGAGCCCCCCAGUGUCCCCUGAUAUCUCGGUGCCACCCUCUGACCCCCUGCCACUCAUCACCACCCCACUGGGCUUUGAGAUCACCUCCACCAGCUCCUGCCUGCACUUUGUGUCUGCGACCACCUGGGAGGUCUGGGGGGGAGGGGGCUGCCUGCAGCUGAGAGUGUGCAACUCAUCUCAUGAGAGAGAUCUUGAGUGUGGAUUAGUUUGGGAAGAGGGGGUGGGAACCCGGGACUGGGCAUUCCACUCCCACCCUGCCUCUGCCCAGGCCCUGUCUGCCCACGGGGGGCACAUCCUGCCCGGGGACGAGAUCGUGCAGGUCAAUGAGCAGGUCGUGGUGGGUUGGUCACGCGUCAACCUGGAGAAGAAGCUGCUGGAGAAGGCAAACGAGGUGACACUGGUGCUGAAGAAGAUCCCCCUCGACCUGCCCUGCUCACCCCCCUCUCCCAGACAGCAGCUCCCGGGAGCGUUUUCGGAUGCUGCGGAUUCCCCCGGCACCAGGAGUGGCGAGUGCCCAGGCAGCCCCGUGUCCCUGACCUCCAGCGCUGGUGCCGACUUGGACUCCGGGCCGGACUCCGCGCCAGAUCCCGCCACUGAGGAAGAGGAGGAGGAGGAGAAGCAGGACCUGAGGCUGCCCGGGGUGGCCGUGGAGGAGCUGCAGGGACUGUCAGGACUGGGCGCUGCAGAGGAGGAGUGGGAGAGCGGCACCCCCUUGGACACCCCCUUGGACACCCCCUUGGACACCCCCCUGGGCACCCCACCGGGCAUCCCAAACUCUCCGGGCACCUCUGCUGCCACCACAGAGCUGAGCCCCACGGCAGCCCCCACCACGGGGGCUGGGGGUGCAGAGCCCAGCCAGCUCCCUGGGGAGGGCAGCCCCCAGACAGGACGCAGACCCAAAGGAGUGGCGACCCGGCUGAGCCGCCGGCGGGUCUCGUGCCGGGACCUGGGCCGGGUGGACUGCGAUGGGUGGCUCCUCAAGAAGAAGGACCACGUGGGCUUCAUGGCCCAGAAGUGGAAGCGCUGCUGGUUCGUGCUCAAGGGCCACACGCUCUACUGGUACAACCACCCCAACGAUGAGAAGGCUGCAGGACUCAUCAACGUGGCCACCUACGACCUGGAGAGCACGAGGGAGCAGAAGAAGAAAUACGUGUUCCAGCUGUGCCACCAGAGGUACAAGCCCUUUGUCUUCGCUGCCGAAACCUUGGCUGACCUGAGCAUGUGGGUCAGUCGGCUCAUAACAGCCAAAACAAAGUACACACUCGCUCACCAGUCAGUUCCAGACAAGGAGGAAGACUGCUACAGCGAGACAGAGGCCGAGGACCCCGAUGAUGAGUCUCCCAGGCACGGAUGUGACUCGCCGAGGAAGAGGCUGCAGAACCCCCCGGACAGAGCCCAGCUCUCCCCGGCCAGCGGCGAGUCCAGCAGCCCCCAGGGCAGCCCCCGGCCCUGCUCCCCCAUGGACCCCGCCGGGGAGGACCUGGAGAGCCUGAUGCGGUGCCUGAAGCAGGGCGGGGUGUCCCUCAUGGGGCAGCGGCGGUUCCUGACGCAGGAGCAGUGCCGAAAAUCCUUCCUGCGGCGCAACAAGAACCCGCACAUCAACGAGAGGGUGCACGCCGUGCGGGCGCUGCAGAGCACGCUCAAGGCGAAGCUGGUGGAGCUGGAGGCGCUGGAGCAGCUGCUGGGAGAGGCUUCGCUCACCUCGGACACCUUCAGGCGCUGGAAGGAGGAGCACCAGGAGCUGUACCAGGAGCUGCGGGAGGGGUGGGCAGGGCGGCAGCGCCAGGGCCACGACGGGGGGUUUGGGGGCGAGCAGGAACCCCCUGGAGAGGCGGCUGGACCGUGACAUCCCCCCGGGAGCCGGCGGGGAUCGGUGCUGGCACAACUCGGGGGGCUGAGGACAUUUUUGGCAGGCUCAUCUCCUUCAGAGAGAGAGAGCGGCUCC